UUGCAGCCAUUUUGCCUCAGGAAACAUUCCAACGACCCCCAAAAUUGGGGCCGAUAUGCCUGGGUUCCAGGGCCACCCAGUUCCGUGAUAAAAUGGCUUGUCUUCAUUCCAGAAUAAUUUCCCUGAAAGAUUCGGGUCUGCAUGAAGCAGGUCAGGGGAAGAAUGUGCCGUUGGGUGUAUCUGAGACAUCUCCCUAUAGCCAAGGGAAAAUGGACUUCAUCCUAAAGCAGCAUCCAUCAUCAGGGACCCCCACCACCCACUCCAUGCUCUCUUCCCACUGCUGCCAUCAGGAAAAAGGUACAGGAGUCUCAGGACCCACACCACCAGGUUCAGGAACAGAUACAAUCCCUCCACCACCAGGCUCUUGAACCAAAAGGGGUGAUUCAGCAGGCUCUGCACCGCCAGCCCAACACUGCCGCCCAGUACCUGCAGCAGAUGUACGCAGCGCAACAGCAGCACCUGAUGCUGCAGACCGCAGCCCUCCAGCAGCAGCACCUCAGCAGCGCACAGUUGCAGAGCCUGGCAGCUGUGCAGCAGGCUAGUUUAGCUGCAACUAGACAAGGGUCAUCGCCAAAUGGGAACGUGUCUCAACAGCCUGCCUCUUCACAGACCACUAUUAACCUGGCCACGUCCCCGGCCGCAGCUCAGCUGAUCAGCCGGGCUCAGACCGUGAACUCCGGUGCCACAGGAAUCGCCCAGCAGGCCGUUCUCCUGGGGAACUCGAACAGCCCGGCUCUGACAGCCAGCCAGGCACAGAUGUACCUCCGGGCACAGAUGGCACAGCAAAGUAACCUUGUGCAAAUAGCUAGGACCCUAGGUCGUGCUGUUCCUUUGUCCCCCCAGCUCAUCUUCACGCCCACUGCCACCGUCGCUGCGGUCCAGCCAGAGGUCACGGUGUCUCCAGGCAACCAGCAGUCAGCCGUCUCACAGGUGCAGAACCUUGCGAUCCGAAACCAGCAGAGUGCAGCAACGGCGGCAGCAGUGCAGCCACAACUGCAGAGCGUCACUCUGAAAGCAACCGCACCAGCGACGCCCGCCCCGGGGGCCCCGCAGGCUAAGACGCCAGGCUCGGUGCCCGCUCCAGGCAGUAAAGGAGGCCAGCCUGACAGCAUGGCCGACAGUGGCAAGAAAGGAGAAUCUGGCAUUUCUGCCUCCGGCUCAGACACCAGGAGUAUCAGUGUGGCCGCCAGCACUACGCCAGUCAGCACACAUCCUCUCAUCACCACAGCCUACACCCAGUUACAGCCACACCAGUUGAUCCAACAACAGCAAUUCCAGCUGCAGCAACAGCAGCAGAAGCAUCUGCAGCAUCAGUUUGUGAUCCAACAGCAACCGCCACAGAUCACGCCGAGGCAGCAACAGCCACAGCUCAUCCACACCCCCGCCCAGCUCCAGAAUUUGCAGCAGCAGCCGGUGGCCUCCAGCGCAACGCCGCAGACCCUGCCGCAUGCACAGCACUGCCAGCCCGCCCUGCACCGCAAACAGCAGGGGCUCAGCGCCACGCCGCCGGCGCAGAUCCCCGUCCUGCAGCCUGUGCCUCACAGCCAGCAGAACCUGCAGCAGACGGACAGCCAUGCGCUGGCACCACAGACCACUGCAGUGAACUUGCAGGUCCAGCCAUCUGCACACGUGAUUCAGCAGAGCCUGAGGAGCGGGCCCGACAGCAGGAGGGACAAGCCUGACCUGGUGGCCGAGAAGGGACCGGUGGAGAAACCCAGUGCACCAACCACCCCAGGGCCCUCUGUCACACCCGACCAGAAGAAGGCCGAGCCCACCAAGCCUGUGACACAAGGGAAAGGCCCAGAAACCGUGAAUGCGAAGUCCCCUUCCCCUGCUCCAACCAUGACAUCAGGAAAUGGCAGCACGACCUCGUCUGUGACGGUGAGCGUGCCACAGAACGCCGAGAACAAACCACCUCAGGCCAUUGUCAAGCCCCAGAUUCUCACGCAUGUCAUCGAGGGGUUCGUUAUCCAGGAGGGUGCAGAGCCAUUCCCCUUUCUACAUAGAAGAAUACAGAGUACAAGAAAGUGUAUAUCAAAGGUGGGACGCUCCUCCCUACUAAUCGACAAUCUGGCCAAACAAAAGCAGCAGGCGGCCUCUGUGCCCGCGGCCGAGAAACCUGCACAGCCGGAACAGCCCGACUCCGAGAUGGACGACCUCAGUCAGCAAGACUCAAUGGAAAAGGAGGAAGAUGCCCUUAAACUGAAGUGCGAGUUCUGUGGCAGGCUUGACUAUGCCUACAAGUUCAAGGGCUCCAAGAGGUUCUGCUCCAUGGCCUGUGCCAAGAGGUACAAUGUCGGCUGCAGUAAGCGAGUGGGCCUGUUCAAACCUGACAAGAGCAAGUACCUUCAGAAGAAAGAAAGCGGCAAGCUGGGCAAAAGGGGCCCCCGGAAGAACAGCCUGCAUGGGGGUAACAGCGAACAGCCCAAGAAACAGCUCAAGUCGCCAGUGCCAGUGGGCCUGAGUCAGGAGGACUCCAGCCGAGGGUCAGAUAACUCCAGCUACGAGGAACCUCUGUCACCAAUCUCUGCCAGCUCCUCCACAUCACGGAGACGCCAGGCAGAGCGGGAGCUCGAUGUCCACGAGCUGAGGAUGCGGGACCUGAUGGGAAUUGGGCACCACUUCCUGCCCAGCGACCCCACCAAGUGGAAUGUGGAGGACGUGUGCGAAUUCAUCCGCUCAUUGCCAGGUUGCCAGGAGAUUGCUGACGAGUUUCGUGCCCAGGAGAUUGAUGGGCAGGCCCUUCUGCUGCUUAAGGAAGAUCACCUGAUGAGCGCCAUGAACAUUAAGCUAGGACCUGCCCUGAAAAUCUACGCCAGGAUCAGCAUGCUGAAGGAUUCCUAACCAAAACCCUGGAAACGUUGUGGAACUUUGGUGUUCCAAGUGGCAGCUUAUCUUAAAGCCAAGGAUUCUAGUCACUGUAGAUGCUGGUGGUCUUUGCAAAGAGAAUUGAGGUGCGAUGCUCCAGAGUAGAGCAAGCACGCUAUCAAACAAUUGGCUUCAUGAGAAGCCUGCAGUUUGGGUACAAUGUGUCCCAUUCGAGGAAUUUACAUGGUGCUAUCCCAGUGGUAACAAUAAAGACAUGAACGUUGGCUGAAAGAGUCAUCUCACCAGAUGAGCCAAUAUGUCGAGUGUUUUGAAGAUAACUUUUUACCGAACAUUGUACUGUAACUCCACUAGUGAUUAUGUAGCUGAAGAGAUCUGCUUUUCUGGAUAUAGAUCUGUCCCAAGGUUGGUUUCUGUUUGGAUCAGCAUGUUUAGAGUUUAGGCUUUCUUUAGAUUGGUUUGAUAAUCAACAGAUCCAUUCUAUGAUCUUAUAAUGUGCCUGGAAUCACAAAUUGUUACUGUAAAACUACUCUUUGUAACUGUUUAAUGCAGGGUGAUGAUGUUUCCGUGUGGACAUGCAGCUUCAGAGUGCUCACACGGUGCCAGUGACUGAGCUGUGUGUGUUCGAGUUCCUCACACUAACUUCCUGCCGAGAUUUCUGUCCAUUACUCUUUCAGGACCACUUUUCUGAACCAGACUCCUUAACGCAGCUGAACAGAUCAGACUGCUGUGAUUUCUGAUAUAAAUCUUGGUUCUCCAGAUGUUGGGAGGGGGACAACUGCGGAUUCAAAGAACCUGUCCAUAAUAUUCUUCUGAUGCUGUCUGUCUGUCUAACCCCCCGCACCCUACCCCCACCCGUUUGAUUCUGGGCAGAGGGGAUCUGCAGAUUAUGUGAACAGGGGAGACGGAUCGCAAUAGAUCCCAAUGUCAGAUGUGUCCGGCACCAUCAGCAGAUUUAUCACUGAUUUCCCCCACCCAUCUCCACUCCCCUUCACCUCUGAAUCAGAAUCAGGUUUAAUUUCACUGGCAUAUGUUGUGAAAUUUGUUGUUUUGCAGCAGCAGUACAUUGUAAUAAGUAAUAAUUUUAAAAACUAAAUUACAAUAAGUUUAUAUAAAAAAGAAAAUAAAAUUAAAUAGUGCAAAAAGUAGGGAUGGGGGAGGAAGUAGUGAGGUAGUGUUCCUGGGUUCAAUGCCUUUUCAGAUAUCUGAUGGCAGAGGGGAAGAAGCUGUUCCUGAAAUGUUGUGAGUGUGUCUCCAAGCUCCUGUACCUUCUCCCUGAUGGUAGCAAUGAGAAGAGGGCAUGUCCUGGGUGAUGGGGUCCUUAAUGAUAGAUGCUGCCUUUUUGAGGCUUUGUCUUUUGAAGAUGCCCUGGAUGCUGGUGAGGCCAGUGUCCAUGAUGAAGCUGGCUAAUGCAGAGCUGUGAAUCAGUGUUCAAGGUGGGGUACAGGGCUGCAGUCCUCCUGUCCUGCUCAACCAUGGGCAUUUUAGAGUCACAGAGCUGUACAGCACAGAAACGCCCUUUUGGCCCAUUUGGUCAGUGCCAAACUAUAAUUCUGCCUUGUUCCAUUGACCUUCACCUGGACCAUAGCCCUCCACACCCCUCCCAUAGAAUAUAGCGACUAGUCAUCCAUCAGUUCCACUCAACUAGACCGGGCAUCCCAGGGGUAUGAACAUCAAUUUCUCCACCUUCCAGUAAUUUUUUCCCCUCCCGUUGUCCUCUUUUUGAAUUCCUCAUUCUAGCCUCUUACCUCUUCUCCUCACCUGCCCAUCACCUCUCCCUGGUGCCCCUCCUUCUCUUUCUCCCGUGGUUCCCCCCUCCUCUCCUAUCAUUUCUUCUUCUCCAGCCCUUUACCUUGUCCACCCACCUGGCUUCACCUGUCAUCUUCUAACUAUCCUUCUUCCCUGACCCCACCUUUUCAUUCUGGCAUCUUCCCCCUUCUUUUCCAGUCCCAAUGAAGGGUUUCGGCCCAAAACAUUGCUUCUUUAUUCCUCUCCCUAGAUGCUGCCUGACCUUCUGAGUUCCUGCAGCAUUUUGUAUGUGUAACUCUGGAUUUCCAGCAUCUGUUCAGUGUGUUGAAUUUGUUCUGGUGAUACCAUGCAAAGUUUCAUUGUUUAUGCAGAGAUAGUUAAAAUGGUACCUCUCCCUGCUGGAUAGUUAAUUCUCAGCCGUUCCUUCAUUGCACUGAGUAUUAAAGACAAAUUCUACAGCCCCUGCUCUUGUGUCACCACCUUGGAUGAAUUUCUAAACCCCAGGCCAUUAUCUUGAUAACACCUGAUUGCAAUUUAAAAAGGGAUCCAAUAUCAGUCCAUCUGAAUCCAAAUCAGAUUUAACAUCACUGGCAUGCAUCGAGAAAUUUGUUGUUUUGCAGCAGCAGUACAUUGCAAUAAGUAUAUAAAAAAAUUAAAUAGGUCAUGCAAAAAACGAGGGGAGAAAUAACCUUUGCCGCCUUUCUACGACCAUAGACCAUAAGACAUGGGACCAUCUGGCCCAUUGUGUCUGCUCCGCCAUUCAACCACGGCUGAUCCUUUUUUUCCCGCCUCUUCAAUCCCAGUUUCUGGCCUUCUCCUCAUAACCUUUGAUGCCAUGUCAAUCGAGAUCCUAUCAAUCUCUGAAUCUUUAUAUUCAUAACAAGAUUUUUUUGGUCCUUAAAGCAACACCAAGAUACCUUAAAUGCCAGAAUGAAAAGUGGAAGUUUAGCCUUCUCAUGCCCCAGAUAACUAGAUUCUCAGAAAGGCUGUGCAGCUAUUGCCUUGAAGUUAAAAUUUUAUAGACAUGGAUAAUCAAACAGUUUAAAGUACAUUUAUUGUCAGAGUAUUUAUAACGUAUACAACCUUGAAAUCUUCCAGGCAGCCACAAAAAAACCAUAGAAUCCACAAAAAAAAAACACACACGGGAGACGGUCAAACAUCCAAUGUGCAAAAAAAAAGAACAAAUCAUGCAAGCAGUUUUUAAAAAGUAAACAAAUAACAGAAAACAUGAACCACAGAGCCACAGAGUCAGUUCAGGGCUGAGGUGAAUGUCGAUGGCUGCAGGCCACAGACACGGUGUCUGUUCAGCGCUGAGGUGAGUGUCGAUGGCUGCAGGCCACAGACACGGUGUCUGUUCAGCGCUGAGGUGAGUGUCGAUGGCUGCAGGCCACAGACACGGUGUCUGUUCAGUGCUGAGAUGAGUGUCGAUGGCUGCAGGCCACAGACACGGUGUCUGUUCAGCGCUGAGGUGAGUGUCGAUGGCUGCAGGCCACAGACACGGUGUCUGUUCAGCGCUGAGGUGAGUGAAGCCUCACUCGGAGUGGAGAGCUGAAUGCUGGUUUGUCCUUUGUCCUCAUCUUUGCUACUACAAUACAAUGCUUUUUUUGUAAAGGUCUUGGGAGGUAAAGCCCCUUUUAAAGACUGGUAAAUUGUAAUCACAGUGCAUUUAGUAUUUGAUGGCCGGAGAUUCGCCCUGAGCUGGUAACACAUUGUAACCUGCUUGCAAAGUAGAUUGAAAUCACUCAGGCUGAAGUUUGGAAGCGCACUGCCACACAGUUACUUUCCUAUUGUGUCGCAAUACAACAAAGAAAGUCUGCCUCAAUCCAGUCUGUUGUCAGGUGAUCCCUGUGACCCCUUUCCAUCUGUUCUUUGUAGGGACGCUUAGCAUUUUCAGCAUAACAAAGGGAGAGGCUUUGGGGACAACUGGAGACAGCUGAACACUCACUUUGUUCCCAAUUCUUGGUGUUUUCUAAGACUAUUUCUUGUAGGAGGAAGCUGUGAUGUGGCCACACUUCUGUCUGAGUCACACUUGAAUUCUGUUGCUCCUGUGAAUGAUUUUGUAUUGUAAUUUGUUUGUAGUUUUUUAAGCAUUAUUUAAAUCUAUGAAUUACUGUCUUUCAUUUAUGUAUUUUUAUAAAACUAAAGGAAUUUUUUUCUUGUCAAA